GGUUAAGGCGAUGGACUGCUAAUCCAUUGUGCUCUGCACGCGUGGGUUCGAAUCCCAUCCUCGUCGGUUUCCUUUUUCUCUCCGUAUUUUCACAGAAACUCCCUUACCGCGCUUUUUCUCGCUUUUUAUUUGACAAUGGCUGCUUGACCCGACCCACUCUGAUUUCUUAUUGGUCAACACCAACUUUCUGUUUCCUAGCAACAGCAGUGGAGCCGCACGGAGCCCGAUAGUGAGUUUGGGCCCAGAGUUCGGCGCCGUCAGCUCCGCUCUGAGGCCGAAAUGCAGGCGCCCAGAGCGGCUGUGAGCGUGGAGGUGAAGCGGGUGAUCGGAGCUCUCUGCAGGCUGUUGGCGGCCCUCGGUGUGCAGCCUGUCCCCGCGCCGGAGGCCUUCAGACGGGCAAAGUUCGGAGGAAAACCCGAGGAGGAACCGUUCUGGCAGCUGCUCUGCAGCAUCCUGCAGACAUCAGGGAUGGUUUCCUGUGAGAGCAGCUCCCUGCUGACAGGAGAGACCAGGAAGCUGGUGGCUGUGGGCCUGUGGCAGAGCGGUUACCACGGUGACUGGAUGUACGAUGGAGGCAGCUGCUCCAGCACGGACCUGCUGCUGGCGCUGGGCUGGCUGCUGGCUAGAGGAGCCCUGGAGAAACUGCUGAGCAGGCGGGUAGAGUGUCUGGACCCAGCGCUGCUGACGUCCGCUCCGCAGAAGCCAGAGUUUUCCGGUGAGGUGGAUGCUGCGUCGCUGAGGAGACUGCAGUGGCUGACGGGUCGUCUGAGACAUCAGGGUCGGACUCUGCUCGCCGCCGUUGGAGCGCGAACGCAAGCGCUGCAUGAUGUCCUUUUUACCAGCCAGCUUUCCUCUGCGGCUCCCUCUGCUGGCCAAAGCUCUACGGCGCUCACAGAGGACUGCGAUCGUCUCCAGCAGCUGUGCGACCUCCUGGACGCCUACGUGAGCUGGAACCAGACGGAGAAGGUUUUCUGGACCUGGAUGGACAGCGUGGCCGACCGCCGCUUCAGCAACCUUCAGGUCAGGACGCCCCCUAGGCACGCCCGGCAGAGUUUGGCGACCUGUUACCAUGGGAACCCGAUGCUGGCCAAGAUGGAGGAGAUGCUGAGGAGACUGCCUGACACACAGGAGCGUCAGAUGGAACUUCAAGAACGACGCUCCAAGGAUGAACACGGCGGGGCCUAUGUGGGCGGGGCCUCUGUGGGCAUUCCUCCCCUCUGUCCCCCUCCCUCGCCUCUCCUCUCUGCUCCCUCCAUUCAGGGCCCGUGUCGUGUCAGGCUGCAGGCUGAAAAGAUGCUUAGCCGUUCAUUGGAGCGGGCCCCCAGCGGGGCCGGGGCCCCCAGCAGGUCCGGGGCCCCCAGCAGGUCCGGGGCCCCGGGGGAGCUGCCUUGUUCUGAGGCUACAGAGCAGCUGCUUCAGGCCGAGGCUGUCCUCCUGCAGCGGAGGGACAGACGGCGUCUGGCCAACAGGAAGCAGCUGCAGGAGCGGAUGGAUGUUCUGGACCAGCAGGUCUUCAUCCCUCUGUAGAAGGUCCGUUUUAUCAGUUCUGAAUGACCAGCGAUGGACGGACUCGGACCAGGGGUUCUACUGGAUGCGGGUCAGAAAAGUUCUGAUUAAAGAAGCAAUAAAUCGGUGUCAUUUAGAACGCCGCAGAGAUGCUGGACAGCAGUUGCCAUGGAGACAUAUGCUGUGGCCUGAGCUGCUGGCUGAAGUUCUUCAAUCACUUACAUGAAAACAAUGCAGAACCUCCCUGAGAUCCCAUACUGAUACAGGAUCUGAUAUCAGGCUAAUCUCGGAUUAAAUAUCAAUCUGCAUCUGCCUGAAGUUUCUGGAACCGGUUGGUUCAUAAUCUGAGGAUCAUUUCUUCUCCUGUUGAUCAGUAUCAUUGAUCCCUUCAUCAAACCGUUGCUAAGUACAAAACAGGGAAUAAAAUCGUGAAUCGACCUGAUAUCGGAUCGAUGAUAGAAUCAGUCAUCAGAAGGUUAUAUCAGGACGUCCAGUAAGGCGGAAACGGGCCCAAAUAGAACAUGGAGGUUCUAUUCAGACGGUCCAGAUCUCCGGAUUAAAAUCCUCCUCAUUGGUCUGCUGUGAUAAUCUGAUAUUGAGGAACUAGAGGUUCUGUUGGGAUUAGCAUCUAGAGACGUUUGACGAUUUUCUUUCAGUGAAUUUAUUGAUCCCAAAAUAAACUGAGAUGCUGUGAAUCUUUUUCAUCCAGCUGUUGUCUCCUGUAGAGGUCCGUCUUCCAGUGACCGUGUUGGAGCCUCUGACUGGUUCCGAUGAAGAUGAUGCUCAGGGUUCUCCAUUACGUUCUUCAUCCUGCUUCAUUUUUCGACAGGCGGUAGACGACGACUUCAUCAGAUAUGAAACUGAAGCUUUGAGAGUUAAUGAAGUCAGUCUGGGAUUAUAAAGUAAAUCUGCUCAGUUUAUAAUUCAUUGAGAAACGUUUGGAGGGAUUUAAUCUGCUCUGGAUUCAAAUA